CCUCUCUCCUUCUCUCUCUCUCUCUCUCUCUCGGUGACAAUGGCUAGCUCCACUCCCUCGCUCCUCUUCACCACCACCACCACCCUCCUCCUCGUCCUCCUCCUCCGCGCCCCCUGCCUCUCCCAAGCACUCACUCUGACCCUGGUCAACAACUGCCCCUUCACGGUGUGGCCGGCCAUCCAGCCCAACGCCGGCCACCCCGUCCUCGAGCGCGGCGGCUUCCCCCUCCCAACCCUCACCCACCGCUCCUUCCCCGCCCCCGACGCCCUCUGGUCCGGCCGCGUCUGGGCCCGCACCCACUGCUCCCACGCCCACGGCGGCCGCUUCUCCUGCGCCACCGGCGACUGCGGCGGCCGCCUCGAGUGCGGGGGCCUCGGCGGCGCCGCCCCCGCCACCCUCGCCCAGUUCACCAUCCACCACGGCCACGCCGACUUCUCCUCCUACGGCGUCAGCCUCGUGGACGGCUUCAACGUCCCCAUGACGGUGACGCCGCACGAGGGGAAGGGAAUGUGCCCCGUCGUGGGCUGCCGGGCCGACCUGCUGGCGACGUGCCCGCCCCAGCUGCAGAUGCGGUCCCCGCCGGGGCACGGCCCCGUGGUGGCGUGCAAGAGCGGGUGCGAGGCCUUCCGCACCGACGAGCUGUGCUGCAGGAACCACUACAACAGCAAGGAGACGUGCCGGGCCUCGAGCUACUCGGAAUUCUUCAAGCGCGCGUGCCCCGCCACGUUCACGUUCGCGCACGACAGCCCCUCGCUGAUGCACGAGUGCUCCUCGCCGCGCGAGCUCAAGGUCAUCUUCUGCCACUGACGCCAACGCCGCAAGAGCUCGACGCCAAGUUCAGUCCAGUGCAGUGGAGUUUAAGCUUUAGUCCUAAGUUUCUCGUAAUAAACAGAUAUCUUCCUACUAGGAAAGACCGGCACGAAAUGUCUGGUUUCUUUGUGGGUUGAGUCGAUCGUUUUGAGUGUGUCGAGCUUGAAGAUGAUGUGAAGAUUUCGAUGUGCAUUCCCUGUGUAACCUUAUCUUCUUCAGGUUUCUAAAUGGCAUGAGCUCGUUUCUGUAAA